AUUAUUGAUAAUUAUGUUUGCAAUUGAGACAAGCAAUAAGAAAAAGAAUAUAAAUGAGAGAGAGAUUUAAAGUAAAAAUGUUCCCACUCCCCCUCUGGAUAAGUCUAAAUGGUAUCUGCCAAACAUGACAAAGUACCUUGGGCUGAAUCACACAUACAGAGACAGCAUUUUCAGCAGAAGACGGGCCUGAACUAUUGUAAUUAUUGUUUGUAGCCUGGCAGUGCCUGUGUUAGAGAAGUUAGGUCAAAAAUAAAACAAGUUUGCUAAACUUUGGGGAAGCAGAUGUAUGCUAAGUAGAGGACCCUGUUUAGCAGCUUCGUUAAAAAGUUGUUGUUGAUCAUAGUUAUUAUUACCUUCUUAUUCUUUUGUGGAAUGAUAAGUUAAUUGGGGAUUUUGUCUUGUGUUAUGGUCUUGAACUUUUAGUGAAUUGAAGAUAGGGAAAUGGAUACGUCUGAUCCAAAUUUUUGGAUUGUCCUCUCAAACUUUACGCUGCCUCAUUUGAGGAAUGGAAACAGGCUCCGUCGAACACAAAGCUGUCGGACAAGCAACCGAAAGAGCUUGAUAGGCAAUGGCCAGUCUCCAGUUCUGCCUCGGCCUCAUUCACCUCUUUCAGCUCAUGCAGGAAGCAGUCCUCAAGAUAGCCCUAGAAAUUUCUCUCCCAGUGCCUCAGCCCACUUUUCUUUUGCACGAAGGACCGAUGGGCGCCGCUGGUCUUUGGCUUCUCUCCCCUCUUCUGGAUAUGGUACAAACACACCGAGCUCAACUGUGUCUUCAUCUUGUUCCUCCCAAGAGAAGCUACACCAGUUACCAUACCAACCAACACCUGAUGAACUACAUUUUUUGUCUAAACAUUUCUGUGCCACUGAAAGCAUUGCCAGUGAUAACAGAUGCAGAACCACUCCAUUACGCCCUCGUUCCAGAAGCCUCAGCCCUGGACGUUCUCCUGCCUGCUGUGACAAUGAAAUAAUUAUGAUGAACCAUGUCUACAAAGAAAGGUUCCCAAAGGCCACAGCUCAGAUGGAAGAACGGCUUCAGGAGAUUAUCACCAACCAUUCUCCUGAUAAUGUUCUUCCCCUGGCAGAUGGAGUGCUCAGUUUCACCCACCAUCAGAUCAUUGAGCUGGCUCGAGAUUGCUUGGAUAAAUCCCACCAGGGCCUCAUCACAUCACGAUACUUUCUUGAAUUACAGCAGAAAUUAGACAAAUUGCUACAAGAGGGUCAAGAACGAUCAGAAAGUGGAGAACUGGCAUUUAUUAAGCAACUAGUUCGAAAAAUCCUAAUAGUUAUUGCUCGUCCUGCUCGCUUACUGGAAUGUCUGGAAUUUGAUCCUGAAGAAUUUUACUAUCUUUUGGAAGCAGCUGAAGGACAUGCUAAAGAGGGACAGGGUAUUAAAACAGACAUCCCUAGAUACAUUAUAAGCCAGUUGGGUCUGAAUAAGGAUCCUCUAGAAGAAAUAGCUCAGCUGGCUAACUAUGACAGUGGAACAGCAGAAACCCCUGAAACAGAUGAAUCUAUAAGUAGCUCGAACAAGUCAUUGAAGCUCCGGAGGAAACCUCGGGAAAGUGAUUUUGAAACAAUAAAGCUGAUUAGCAAUGGAGCUUAUGGCGCGGUUUAUUUUGUGCGGCAUAAAGAAACCAGACAGAGAUUCGCCAUGAAGAAGAUUAACAGGCAGAAUCUCAUUCUCCGAAACCAGAUUCAGCAGGCCUUUGUUGAGCGUGAUAUUCUGACAUUUGCAGAAAAUCCAUUUGUCGUCAGCAUGUACUGCUCUUUUGAAACUAGACGCCAUUUAUGUAUGGUCAUGGAGUAUGUGGAAGGUGGAGACUGUGCUACCUUGAUGAAGAAUAUGGGUCCUUUACCUGUAGACAUGGCAAGGAUGUACUUUGCAGAGACUGUUUUAGCCUUGGAGUACCUCCAUAAUUAUGGAAUUGUACACAGGGAUUUGAAACCAGACAAUUUAUUGGUAACAUCCAUGGGACAUAUAAAGCUUACAGACUUUGGGCUUUCUAAGGUAGGGCUAAUGAGCCUGACUACCAAUCUUUAUGAGGGACACAUUGAGAAGGAUGCUAGAGAGUUUCUUGACAAACAGGUCUGUGGCACACCAGAAUAUAUAGCGCCAGAAGUGAUACUAAGGCAGGGUUAUGGCAAACCUGUGGACUGGUGGGCCAUGGGAAUCAUUCUUUAUGAAUUUCUUGUUGGGUGUGUACCAUUCUUUGGAGAUACACCGGAAGAGCUAUUUGGACAAGUAAUCAGUGAUGAGAUCAACUGGCCUGAAAAGGAUGAAGCACCUCCUCCAGAUGCUCAGGAUCUGAUUACUCUACUGCUCAGGCAAAAUCCUCUGGAGAGAUUGGGAACAGGUGGUGCGUAUGAAGUAAAACAGCACCAGUUCUUUCGUAGCCUAGACUGGAAUAGUCUGCUGAGACAGAAAGCAGAAUUCAUUCCACAGCUGGAAUCUGAAGAUGACACAAGUUACUUUGACACUCGUUCUGAGAAAUAUCACCAUAUGGAAACUGAAGAAGAAGAUGAUACAAAUGAUGAAGAUUUUAAUUUGGAGAUAAGGCAGUUUUCCUCCUGUUCCCAUAGAUUUUCAAAAGUUUUUAGUAGCAUAGAUCGUGCAAGUCAAAAUCAAAAUGAAGAAAAGGAAGACACAGGAGAGAAAACAAAAAAUGCAACCUUGCCCUGUGUGGAAUCUUUAAGCUGGAGUUCAGAGUAUUCGGAAACGCAACAGCUGUCUACAUCCAACUCCUCGGAUACUGAAAGCACUAGACAGCAACAUGGUUCAGGUUUUCUUCCAAAACUGGCCAUAUCAGCUGAAGCAGAUCAAGAUGAAACCACCUGCUUGGGAGAAUCCCGAGAAGAGCAAGAAAAGGCUACAUUUGCAAAUGAGGAACAUGGUCAAGAUGAGCUGGAGGUCACCACUCCAGCCAGUACCAUCAGCAGCUCGACAUUGUCAGUUGGCAGUUUUUCAGAGCACUUAGAUCAGAUAAAUGCAAGAAUUGAGAGUGUGGACAGUACAGAUAAUUCCUCAAAGCCGUCCAGCGAAACUGCUUCUCACAUGGCUCGUCAGCGAUUAGAAAGCACAGAGAAAAAGAAAAUCUCGGGAAAAGUCACAAAGUCCCUCUCUGCAAGUGCUUUGUCCCUCAUGAUCCCAGGAGGAAGAUCAUCUGUUCCAGAUGUGUUUGGCAUUUCUCCUUUGGGAAGUCCUAUGUCCCCUCAUUCCCUUUCUUCAGAUCCUUCAUCCUCCAGAGAUUCAUCUCCUAGUCGUGAAUCCUCAAUUGCUGCUGCAAGUCCUCAUCAACCUAUAGUAAUUCACAGUUCAGGAAAAAAGUAUGGCUUCACAAUCCGAGCAAUCAGAGUCUAUGUGGGAGACAGUGAUAUCUACACAGUGCACCAUAUUGUUUGGAAUGUAGAAGAAGGAAGCCCAGCUUAUCAAGCAGGACUAAAGGCUGGAGAUCUGAUUACUCAUAUCAAUGGAGAACCAGUACAUGGUCUUGUUCACACUGAAGUCAUAGAGCUGUUGCUGAAGAGUGGGAACAAAGUGUCAAUUACUACAACUCCUUUUGAGAACACUUCAAUCAAAACAGGACCAGCCAGGAGAAACAGCUACCGGAGCCGAAUGGUUAGGCGCAGUAAGAAGACCAAAAAGAAAGAAAGUCUUGAGAGGAGGAGGUCUCUUUUCAAAAAGCUAGCCAAGCAGCCCUCUCCUUUGCUUCACACCAGCAGAAGUUUCUCUUGUCUUAACCGAUCACUUUCAUCAGGAGAGAGCUUGCCUGGUUCCCCAACUCACAGCUUGUCUCCCAGAUCUCCUACGCCAAGUUACCGCUCCACACCUGACUUCCCUUCUGGUACAAAUUCUUCUCAGAGUAGCUCUCCUAGCUCAAGUGCUCCAAAUUCUCCUGCUGGAUCAGGACACAUAAGACCCAGUACUCUUCAUGGCUUGGGUCCAAAGCUUGGUGGACAAAGAUAUAGGUCAGGAAGACGUAAAUCAGCUGGCAGUAUUCCUCUGUCUCCCUUAGCACGAACGCCAUCUCCAACUCCCCAACCAACAUCUCCCCAGCGAUCUCCAUCGCCAUUACUGGGGCAUUCCAUUGGAAAUUCAAAAAUAGCUCAGGCAUUCCCUAGCAAAAUGCACUCCCCUCCAACUAUUGUGAGGCAUAUUGUUAGGCCAAAGAGUGCAGAGCCACCGAGGUCUCCGCUGUUAAAGAGGGUCCAGUCUGAAGAGAAGCUUGCACCCUCCUAUGGCAGUGAUAAGAAACACAUAUGUUCACGUAAACACAGCUUGGAAGUGACCCAAGAGGAGGUGAAUAAAGAAUUGUCCCAAAGAGAAGUAACUCUUCAGAGUCUGGAGGAGAAUGUGUGUGAUGUACCAUCACUCACCCGAGUCAGGCCUGCAGAGCAAGGCUGCCUGAAACGCCCUGUUUCCAGGAAGUUAGGUAGGCAAGAGUCCAUUGACGAGCUGGAUAGAGAGAAACUUAAGGUCAAGAUAGUCAUGAAAAAGCAAGAUCUUUCUGAAAAAGCCAACACUAUACCUGAGCCUAGUGGUGAGUUGGAACAUCCUGCUACUCUAAGACUGGAGGAAAGAGACAAAAAAACAUUUCAAAAGGCUUUGGAGAGAUCAAAUCAGUUUGAAACUAAAAUCACCUCUCUAGAGACUCAUUCAGGAGGUAGCAUUCUCAAAGAUAUGCUUCACAAGAAUGCAAACAUGAGAUCAAAUGAUUGCACUGCUCUGGAUAAACAGAUGCCAUGUCAUGGCCCUCCACUUAAUGAACUCGGUCAUAUCUCUUACGACUUCAAAAGAAUCUCUCCUCCAUGUACACUGCAAGAUGUGCUACCUCACUCCACUGACAGAAUGCUAAAUGGAAAGGGGGAAAAUGCAGAUAAAAAUGUUCCAACAAAAGACUUAAUCAAAUUUGAAAGAUUAGAUGGUAAGCUUGCAAAUAUUGAUUAUCUCAGGAAGAAAAUGUCCUUUGAAGAAAAAGAUGACAGCCUCUGUCCAGUGCUAAAGACCAAGCUGACUUCAAAUGUUCAUGAAUGCCUUCAACUUAAUACAGUAAGACCCAUAAAUAUACAGCAGGAUUCCACUACAGCUGCUGAUAGUAGAGCAUUUAUCAGCAGUGCUCAUGCUGCUCAGAUUAGCUCAGUUUCUUUUGUUCCCCUCAAAGCCUUGAAUGGCCGAGUGGAAACUGGUGUGGAAAAAUCAUCCUUGAUUACUACUGAGUCUCCUGUCAGAAAAAGUCCAUCAGAGUAUAAACUGGAAGGAAGAUCAGUUUCUUGUCUGAAACCAAUUGAAGGCACUUUAGAUAUUGCCUUACUAUCUGGGCCACAGACUUCAAAAACAGAUCUUCCUGUAUGUGCCCUGCCAGAAGGUCCGAGUACCAGCAGCAGUGUGGGAUAUUCCAUGCCUCAAGCAUCUCAAGGCAGUGGUAUAAAUAGAGACAUGCCCUGUCAGAAAGAGUUGCUGUUAUCCUGUUCAGAGUCUAACAAAUCCAACCUCCUUGAGCCCCAACUCCUACAAUCAAGGAAGGGUUCUCCGAAUUCACCUGUAAUCCCUGUGACCACAGAAGUAGAAAGGGAGAAAAGGAUUUCUCACCCAAGUGCUAAAUGCAGUUUCUCAGUCAACGAAGUGAAUCAAAAAAGAGAGGACUCCUAUUCAAAACAGGCAGAUCAUGCAGCUGAGGCAAAAUCACAAGCUGUUCAACAUCAGUGUGCCAAGCCUGUCCCAACAUCCUCCAAGGCUUCCACAGCCCAGGAUUUUCCUGAAAAAGCUGUUGGAAAACAGAGACAAACCCAAAGGGAGUUGCCAAUCAAGUACCCUCUGGCCCAAAGAAAUUCUGAAUCUCUCCCUGCAAAGGCUGAGGUGAACAGAGAUUUGCCUGUGAAGCUGUCCGUUGGCGAUGUUUUUACAAGUGAAUCCAAAAUCAUUCAGAGAAUCUCUGCUGAUUUUGCAGUCCCACUUCAGACAAAUGCGACAAAAUUGCAGACACCUGGCUUAAAGGCAGAACCUAAAGAUGGCAAAGGGUCGCCAAAACAAGUUGCUAAAGAUGGUGCUAACCCUGCUGGUGUUUCUGUAGAGAAGAAUGUGAACAAGCAGAAAGUUAUCACAGACUCAAAGAAUGAAACUUCCUUGUCCAAAAGGUCAGUGCAGCCAUCUACAAACACUGAUCCUAAAAGUGAAAAGUCUUUGCUGGGUUCAUCUAUACAGAAGGACAACUCCAAAGACUGGGGAAAGAAAGAGCUGAAACAGUCCAGCAACACACAGCUUCAGACAGCUGAGAGACUGGUGCUCAACCAGGCUACUGGGCAGCAACUUAGCUAUUCAGGAUCCUCUUCUGUAAGAGAGUCUGUGAAUAGGAACCGUGUAGAUGCUCAUGUAGGUGUUCAAGAGCAGGUCAAGCCUGGCACACCAUCUAUGGAAACGAGCAAUAAUAAAUCCAGGCAGGUACCUGACACAAGUUCCUCUAAGUCUAAACCCUUUGACAAAGUAACAUUGUCACAAAAACAAUGCACUGCUAACAUAAAAGAAAAAGAGGUACUCGUUCAGCCCUCUGCCAGUUCCCGGAAAGAUGGGAAGCCUGCCAGUAAAAGUAUGCAAGAUCCCCCUUGUUUUGUUUCAAGCUCUGAGAGAAGACUAACUAAUGAGUAUGUUCAGGUAGACAGGCCUGUGGUUUUGGAACGUGCAUCAGUAUCUGCAAUUCAAAGUGAUAGAAGCACUUCUGAGAGCAAAUCCAAACCCUCUUGUAUUGGCCAUGUAUCUGCCAUCCCAGAAAACAUUAAGCCAUCUCAAAGGCCAGAACCAGCAGGCUUCAGUGAGCUUGCUGAUCAAAAGCAACUUUACACAAGUGAAAAGCAAAGCAUGCCUCCAAAGUUUUCCACUGUGAAGGACUCUCUCUCUCUGAGCAAACAGGCAGACAAGAGCCCAAGUAGUCAUAUUAUCUCUGCAGACAAAAGACCCGAAGGAAAAAAAUUCACUGAAGCACUUUAUGUUCAAAAUGACAAUGGGAAAUUGGAGCCCAGCAUUUCCCUCGUGAACUGUGAUGCCAGAGGGAAAGGAGCAGAAAAAGCAACCUUAGGGAGCAAAGGCUCUCAAGAUUCAAAAGGAAAAGGGCAGGUGAAUCAGAAACAGCUAACAGAUGCAAGCAAGCAGAUUGCAACAAAACAUCCAUCAUCUGCCACUGUGCAGAGUUCAUGCUGUGCAGCUGCAACCCCAGCAAAGCAGUUGAUUUGUCCACCUAGUUUCCCUGAAUGCAAGCAAGAAGCAUCUGUUUUCUCUUCAGCAAACAAUGAUGCCUCUUCAACCAAGGUUCAGGGCAGCUUGCCAGAGGUUCCUGUAGCAAGCUCUAAGGAACUGAAAAAGCCAACCAGCUGUUCUACAGGGGAUGGUAAGAUGGUAAUGACUAAAAGUAUUUCACUCGUGACCUUGCCUAGUGCUGCUCUCCCACCAGAAGCACUUCAUCCUGCUUCAAACCUUGGGGGGAAAUCUGGAAAUCAAGAGAGGUCUCUUUCCUCUAACAACACUGUGGAUGUAAAAGGAAAAGACACCAGUCAGGCCCAGCCUCCUUCUACAAGAAAACUGAAUGUAGGUAAAGAUAUCCCUAGGUCAGUGACCACACCUGACCGCCCUCAUGCACUUUCUUCUGAUAAAGAUUCAGCACGGCAGAGGCGAGGAAAGGAUGCUGCCCGGAGCAGCCCUCACAAAAAGUCCUCUUAAUAGCAGCACCAGGCAGAUAGGACUUGCAGACUUUACCUGAAAUUGUUAAUGUGUCUUCACUACCUUCUGAAACCAGCACUGUGUGAUAUCUUCAUGCGGCAAUGCUUUCAUGCCACUGAAGUAGAGGGCAGGGUGUAUAGAAAGAGGACCUUUUUCCAAAUGCCUUCCCAAAUGUAACCGGUAAAACUGUUACCCUAUGUAUUUGUACAAAAAUACCUUUACAGUUGAGAAUUGUUGAAGAAAAAUUUCCUCUGUAAAUACGUAGUGCUGUGUUUUUGGUUUGGAAUGUAGCGUAAAUACUUUGCUGCUGAGCGGAUUGUUUACUAUAAUUUUUUUUUGUAAGAUAGUUGCUUGCCACUUAUUUGCCACAAUCAACUACGAAGCAAAAUUACUAAUACUCAGACCUAAGUUAAAGACGUAAAAAUAUUGGUCUGAUUGAAAGGGAAAAAAAUAUCGCAUUUUUACUUGUUAAAAAGUCUAGGUAAAGUUCAAAACAAUAAGUAGAAAAGAGUAAGUACAGUGACCGAAUAGGAGUUUUUAUGCAUAUUUUUAACAACCAGAAAUUUUGAUAGUACUGUAUCUGGAUAGUUUCACCAGAUGUAAUAUAAGACCUAACCACAUCUUGGGACAGACAUAAUUAAAAAGCAAGGGAGAAGCCUCCAUUUUUCACUACAGUCUGUUAAGUGUAGUGUUAUCUGGUGAAACCGAUGUUCUCAUCUUGUCCUUAGGGAAUGUGCUCUGGGACCUUCACCUUGGACAAGGCUGAGACUUCAAAGCACAGGUGUGCUGAGUUUCUGCUGCAACUCUUGGUUUCCUUAGGUUUUUUAAAUUCAGGCCUUUAUAGUGUGAGGCACAAGUAGAAGCACAGAGUUGCAGUACAAUGGCCAUCCCUGUUUCUUAAUGAAUGUAAAAAGUGUGAAUUAUCACAGCAUAUAGGCUAGAGUAAUCAGCUUCAUGUAGUUAGCUUUUUUCGGUUUUAUGACAAUUGUGGUAAAAAGGAAAAAGUGGUGUCGGUAUCAUAUCUUCAGAAAAGAUCAGGACAUCCGAUGCAUUUUAAUACAUAGCUGGGGCCUUAUGUUGUAGACUAAACUUGCUGUUUUUAGCAAGUAAUCCUUGGUUUCACAUUCAUUUCUAAAGGCAUUGAGUAGCUCCAUACAUUUCAUAACAUGAACUCUUUAUUUGUAUGCAAAAAAGUAAAUAUUGUAAUUUUAAAAAAGCAUUUUUGUAACAAAAGGACCUGUUGGAGCUAUUUGGUGCUAGAAUGUGACUGUCUUUUUACUUUUGCUAAGCCUUAUUUAAAUUUUGUAUACUGUGGAACAUGUAGAAUUUGUCUGAUCAUUUUAGUGUGGAAGUAUUUGGUUUGUUCUGAAGGACAAAAGGUAAAAUUUGAAAUGUGCAGGAGCACAACAGAAAUAUGGGUGAGAGGUUUUAAAUGACUGGGCUCAGUAAAAUGGUAUUUUUAAUUAUUUCUGUUAUAAAUACCCAUGUAAGAGCUAAUCUGUGAGUUUCAUCUGUAAUAUCUUUGUCUUUAGAGCUCUAAACUUGUUCAUAAGCAUAGUGUAAUUUUGGCUUGGAGGUUUGCAAGACACCUGCCAGAGUUCUAAAUUCAUUUCCCCCUAGAAAAGGAUUUAUUCUGCUGAUUAGCUAGGUUUGGAUUCACUGCAAUGAAUCCCUGAUGGAAUGAUAAAAUUGCAAGACAGUCCUAAUGAUUUUUCAUGUGGCACACUAGGACAUUCAUUUUCCCUUCUAUGCAUUUAUAGAUGAUACAGUGAUCAGAAGAAAAUAUUUUGAAGAUUUUUGGUGAGAGAGGUGGUCUCAACAUUUGCAGAAUAACUGUGCUUUGCCAGUUGUUAUAACCGAACACUAGUGCACUUAGGUAUCAUGACAUUUCUGUCUCAGAGGUAUUUCCUAGUUUACAGUCUUUUGCAUUUUUUUUUUAAACUGCCCUUUUGUUUGCUUUAAAGCAUUAUCUAGCUAUUUGUUUACAAAUGUAUCUUUUUAUGUAUAUUUUGUAUAGCGCAUUCGAUUUCUGCCAAAUAAGGUGGGGGGUUUUGUUUGUUUUUUGGUUGGGUGUUUUUUGUUGUUGUUUUUGAAGCGUAACAGUGCUUAAGCUUGCGUUCACGUAGUAUGUGUUUGUUGGUGUUUACCUUACCAGUGAGCUAUUAGAGAUCUUCCUACAUGUGUACUAUCUGGUCAGUCUUUGCGUGAUAGUAGGUUAUGAUGUGUUCCUUUGUAGACUUCCUGCUGUAGAUUUCUCAGCUUACAAAAGCAGUUUGUUAGGGUCUGUGCAAUAAAGUGUUUGCAGUCUUAUUUUCUCUAAGAAACUCCCUAUGGAUGUCAUAAUUGUUGUAUAUUGAACAAAAAUAUUUAUACUUAUGCUGUUGCAUAACAUUGAAAUAAAAAUUGAGCAUGAAA